AAAGAGUUUCUGAGGGCGCAUGGCUUGCCUGCACCCUGAGGAGACCCACCCCAGCGCAGUCUUGAUGGGGGUGGGGAAGAGCUUUUGCUGGACCCCUGGACCAGAGUGCUUUCUUGGCUGCCCGCAGAUGCCUGAAAACGUGGGUGGGCCCCCAACCGUGUCCCCGGGAUCCUGGGGGAAUAUUGGAGUCUUUUCUGGGUUAAAGCAACACUCCUAAAUCCUUUCUCCCAAGAGGGGGCCUAUUGCUGUCCUAGCUUCCUUUCCCCAGAUUACAGGGCCUCCAUCGGCCCCGUGGAGUGGGCCAUGGGCCAGUCAGAGCCUCUAGGUCUAGUGGCUUCUCGACCUGGGAGUUUUGAUGGGUGAGGGUGGGUGGGCCUAAGACCUAAGUAAUUGCCGAGAACGUGGAACAGCGUUCGUGAUGGCAGAAUUUGAGGGACCACCAGGAAGGGCCUGGGCAGAGCCACAAACCCUGAAGCUGCCCUUCUGAACUCUUUACCCUCUUCGCAGGACCAGAGUCCCCGACCUCCCCCCACCCCUGGUGGGGGCGAAGGGGGUGGGGGAGGCUAGAGCGGGACCGCGCCCUCGGAAGCGGGGCCAGGCAGCCGGCUGAGCCAGGCCCCGCUCCGCCCCUUGGGGCUCUCCCCAGGGUAAUGCCUCGGAGGCUUCCAACGCAUUCCGGCAGCGCAGAGCGCAGCCGCCCAGCCUCCCGCUGUAGCCCAAUUCCCGCCCCGCAGUUCGCUUCUGCGGCUCCAGGGGUAGCGGGAGCGGGGGGCGCCGCGCUGGCCCCGCCCCAGCCCCCGGAGGAAGGGGGAUCGCUCCCUGCCAGUGGGAGGGGUCGCGGGCCGCGCUCCUUCUCCCCACCCGCCAGCCCCCGGGUUAAAUGCGGCCGCCGCCUCCGCUCGCUCCAGCUGCCUGGCGGUCCCCACCUCCGGCAAGCCGCCCGCGCCGUUACCUGGUCCAACUGCCCCGGAGGCUCCGCCCGUCGGCUCCGCUCUGCGGCCGCGCCUCGGAGCUGUCCGGCAGGCUCAGGUCCUGAUAGUUCCGCUCUCUGUUCCCCAAGCGCCAUGAGGGGGCUUCUAGGUUUGCUGCUGCCCCUGUUACUGCUCCUUCUCCAGCCCUGGGAAACGCAGCUCCAGUUCGCAGGUCCCAGGUGCCGCACUGGGCCCCUGGAUUUGGUGUUCGUGAUUGAUAGCUCCCGCAGCGUGCGCCCCUUCGAAUUUGAGACGAUGCGGCAGUUCCUGGUGGGCCUCCUCCGCAGCUUGGACGUAGGACCUAACGCCACGCGCGUCGGAGUAAUCCAGUAUUCGAGUCAAGUGCAGAGCGUCUUCCCGCUCGGUGCCUUUUCGCGCCGUGAGGAUAUGGAGGGCGCCAUCCGCGCUUUAGUGCCACUGGCGCAGGGCACCAUGACGGGUCUGGCAAUCCAGUAUGCCAUGAACGUGGCCUUCAGCGUGGCCGAGGGCGCGCGCCCACCAGAGGCGCGCGUGCCGCGUGUCGCUGUCAUCGUGACCGACGGGAGGCCCCAGGAUCGCGUGGCCGAAGUGGCGGCGCAGGCGCGCUCCCGUGGCAUCGAGAUCUACGCCGUGGGUGUGCAGCGCGCCGACGUCGGCUCCCUGCGCGCCAUGGCAUCUCCCCCGCUGGACGAGCACGUCUUCCUUGUUGAGUCCUUCGACCUCAUCCAGGAGUUUGGCCAGCAGUUCCAGGGCCGGCUGUGUCGAAAGGACUUGUGUGCUGAGGGGGGACACGGCUGCCAGCACCAGUGUGUGAGCGCCCCAGGCACGUUCCACUGUGCCUGCAACCCUGGCUACCGGCUAGCAGCAGAUAACAAGAGCUGUUUGGCCAUCAACCUGUGCGCCGAAGAGACCCAUGGCUGUGAGCAUCAUUGCGUCAGCUCCCCAGGCUCCUAUUUCUGUCACUGCCGAGCUGGCUUUGUACUCCAGCAGGACCAGAGGAGCUGCAGGGCCAUUGACUACUGCGGCUUUGGGAACCACAGCUGCCAACAUGAGUGUGUUAACACCUUUGGUGGCCCGAGGUGCCGCUGCAGAGAGGGCCAUGACUUGCUGCCUGACGGGAGGAGCUGUCAGGCCCGGGACCUUUGCAACGGUGUAGACCAUGGAUGCGAGUUCCAGUGUGUGAGUGAGGGCCUCUCCUACCGCUGCCUGUGCCCUGAGGGGCAGCAGCUCCUGGCAGAUGGCAAGAGCUGCAACCGAUGCCGGGAAGGCCAUGUGGACCUGGUUCUGCUGGUCGAUGGUUCCAAGAGUGUGCGCCCGCAGAACUUCGAGCUGGUGAAGCGCUUCGUGAACCAGAUCGUGGACUUUCUGGACGUGUCCCCCGAGGGCACGCGCGUGGGACUGGUGCAGUUCUCCAGCCGCGUGCGUACCGAGUUCCCCCUGGGCCGCUACGGCACAGCGGCCGAGGUGAAGCAGGCGGUCCUGGCCGUGGAGUACAUGGAGCGCGGCACCAUGACCGGGCUGGCGCUGCGCCACAUGGUGGAGCACAGCUUCUCGGAGGCUCAGGGCGCGCGGCCCCGAGCCCUCAACGUGCCACGCGUGGGCCUGGUCUUCACCGACGGCCGCUCCCAGGAUGACGUCUCAGUGUGGGCAGCGCGCGCCAAGGAGGAAGGCAUCGUUAUGUACGCGGUGGGCGUGGGCAAAGCGGUGGAGGAGGAGCUGCGAGAAAUCGCCUCGGAGCCGGCGGAACUACACGUGUCCUACUCGCCUGACUUCAGCACCAUGACGCACCUGCUGGAGAACCUCAAAGGCAGCAUCUGCCCAGAGGAGGGCAUCGGCGCCGGGACAGAGCUUCGGAGCCCCUGCGAAUGCGACAGCCUCGUGGAGUUCCAGGGACGCACGCUGGGGGCGCUCGAGAGUCUGUCGCAGAAUCUGGCCCAGCUGACCGCGCGCCUGGAGGAACUGGAGAACCAGCUGGCCGCCCAGAAGUGAGGGCCGCGAGUGGUCCAGACCCGGGCAGGGGGCGCAGAUUCGCGGACUGGGUCCCCCCGUGCGCUUUUGGGGAGCCGGGGCCGGGCAGAACCUGGGUCCCCCGGGCUUGGGCUGUCGGGGAGGAGGCGCUGGCGGGCUCCCAGCGCUGCGCUCGAGCUGGCCUCGCCUGGACCAGAAGCCGGACUGCGGGGGCGCGGGGGGAGAGGAUGUGGGGGACGCGUGCUGCGCUCGGUUCUUUGUUGGAUUUCUUUUUUUGUUUUCUUUUUCUAAAAAAAAAAAAAAAAAAAUCUGGUUUCCAC